AUGCUUUGAAGUGCAGAAUCUUCAAUUUCAAACGGAACUACCUCUAAACCAAACCAACCUAGAUCAGAAUGGUUGUGACUCGACUAAUGCAAAACUUGCACAAGUACCAAAUGUUUUCUUGGCAACUUCCGAUGGCUUUGUAAACAACACAGCACCUCCUAGAGUGCCCAAUGGAUGGACAAGGAGAUGGAGACCACAAUGGUCCAAAUCGCCAUCAUAUCCACAUUCCAACUGAAGAUCACCCACCAAAUGGAGACAAUAACGACAUGGAAUUCAUCUUCCUCUUGCAUUUUAUCAUAAAUCAUCACAUGAGAGUCUUUAGACAAAAUCAAAUUGGUUUCAUUAAUGAAAACAUUGUAAACGUCAACAUUCUGCACCACGGCGAUAACAUGAACAAUAUUGUGGAACAUGAAGACGAAGUAGACAGUGAUGAGGCUAAUGUUGAGAUGCAGGUCAACCGUGUGAUGGAAGAUGAGGACGAAGAGGAAGAACCUCAGCCUGGACCAUCAAGAUACCGCCGUGAACAGGAAGACGACACAAGAAACAGGAAACGUUCCUCGUGGUGGCAUGAGUUUGACAACAAUUCAGACAGCAGCGUGGAUUUAGAUAAUGAAGAAGACCCUUUAUUUGGUAGAUGUGAGGAAAGGUCAAGAGAUGAGCUUGAUUCAGAUGAUACCGCACUACAUUUUGAUCAUGAACUUGCUAAAAAUAGUGAUGUGGCUGAAGAAGGAUCCACGCAAGGAGCAAUGUUUAACUGUCUGCCCGAACCUUCAGGGAUCAACUCAAUUAAUAAAGGUGGACACCGACGGAGGUCAAGAGGCAACACAUGUUUCCAACAGUGGGAUGAAGUUGAAGGCAACAGCUCUGACUGUGACACUUACUUCGAUGUCAUGGAAGAAGAGAACCCUAAAAUGAAGUCAAGAGAUAACAUUGAUUCAGAAGAGGAGGAAGAAAACUAUUUCAAAUGGCAGGACAACAUUCCAGCAAUGCCUAAUUGCAGCCAUGGGCCCACUCUGAGCAUUCGAGACACUGAUAUGGCUGAGGAGGAUGAACGUAGCAGCGCACAAGAGACUGAAGAACAUUCAACACCAGGACCAUCGAGGAUGAGGUGAGGCUUAACACCAAUUUGUCAGAAGUGUUUGUUGACCUCAAUUCUGAUGGGAGCACUGACUUAAGAUGUAUAUGAACACUCCUCUUGGAUGGUCUCAGAAAAGGUCAAUGGAUUCAGAAAAUGAAAAACAGAAAUGACACUAUCGGUCAUCUUCUUCACAACUCAGAAAUAUUGUCAUGACCGACGUAGGAACUUCCAGUGAGGGAGGAGGUUUGGGUGAGCUGCAGGCAAUGGAUGACCUGCUGCCUACAAAGACCUUAGCAGAAAGAAAUGGCUAAAGUGGACAGAAAGAAGGAAAAAGGUUUCACAACAUAAGAAAAGUCCACAGGCUGCAAUUUUUACUCCCAACGGAGCGCAACUAAAUACCUUUCAUCAGGUGCCACUAGGUGGCACUGUUCAGUCAGGGAUCCUUUAUUACACAUUUGUAAGAGCUUGUGCAGCCCAGUCAUGACAGAGGUACGUGGGCUUUGGGCCAUUACAGCUCCUUCAGUUUAUGGUCCUUACUCAUUCUAUUAGACUUGAGAUAUGAUUAUCUGACCACAUUGUAUUACUUCACACUAUGAGAUUUAUAAAUGUGAUUAUGUACAUAGCUACAGUUAUCUAAAUAAUACAGAAUGGUUUUAGGAUCUCAUAAUCUUUUAUCUAAGCCAGUGGUGUUUAGGGGGCACAGCUCCCCUGCAAGAGGACUGGAGGACAGAAAAAUAAAAAACAAUCUUUUCAAACCUGCUUCAGCUACACUACAGGUUAAAGGUAGAACUGGUCUGCAUUUUUUCUUCUUUUUUUUUUUACAGUGAAAACUAAACUUUAUGAGAGUAGAACAUUCAGGUUUAUUUUGAUAUCAGCCCGGUUGUGGUAUGUAUAUUUACUAAUGCCUGGCAGAAAGUUGAACAAUUCUUACUUUAAAUUAGAAUAUUUUAAA